AUGAACUGGCUCUUCUCCUGGAUUUACGACUUCCUCUGGCCGCCUGGGCCCUGGUCUCCGUAUUCUGACACGAGGCCCAGGAUACAUUUCAGCGAAAAAGACGAAACAGAGACAAGACUGGAAGAAAGUGGAGAUCUGAACACCCUACAGAGACUACGAUAUCAAAAGUACAGGGACGAGACGAAUUCCUGGGAAAAGACGAUGAGAGCGCUCCUCUCGAUAGAAGAACUUAUCCGACUUGCCAGCCAACAGGAAGACUGUAUAAAUGAGCUUCUACGCCAGUGUCCUGAUGGAUCGUUCAGGGAUGAAGCUAUAGCUGUGGUCAAGGAGACAAGAAGGUUGCUUUGGAACUUGACUCGGCUUUGGUGGCUACACCGAAAUGUCCUCGGAGAAGGAGUUGUGGGGAGAGCGCUUGACCUGUGGCGAUCGAACUCUAUGUGGUAUAUGCACGAAGUUCUAGUCGAGGACUGCGCCAGAAAGCACGGCUGUUGUUCGCGGGGAUGCGGAUGUUGUGCAAAACGCCACCAGACCUUUACACGACCUCUUACCGCUGGGCAUUGUUCUAUUGGGUGCAGAUGUUGUAUGAGGUGGAGGGGCUUUGAUCUCAAUCGCGAAGAGGAGAACGAUAUCUACAAGGAAUUCCAGACCCGGGAGAGGCUGUCUUCUUAUGAUCAAAUCGAGUUGGCUUCCAUUUGGGGAUUGCGUCUCAAUUGUCAUAAGAGCCCAUUUGACCUUAUCCAACCGGGAUGUGAGCUCGUUGGCCAAAAAGACUCAGGUUACAAGUUAUGCAGCCCCGAUCCCACUGACAACUGGGAUGAUUGUUCUUCAGCAACAGAGUCGUGA